GUUACCGGUAAUAUGUCCUUGUCAUUUCGAAUAUAUAUACUGGACACAUUCGUUUGGAUAUCAUAACUUAACUCGUCCACAGGAGUUCAAUUUUAACCAAAAUGUUUGCUAAGGUCGCCAUCCUCUUCGCUGCUCUUGCAGCAGUCAACGCCAGCGUUCUUCUGGGACAUGGUGCUCUGGUCAACACCGGAGUCAGUGCUAGAUCUCAAACCCAAGAUGCAUAUGGCAACUACGCUUUCGGUUAUGACAUCAAGGACGGACUCGGCGCCACCAACUCCCGAUCCGAAGUAGGAGAUGCCCACGGAAACAAGAAGGGGUCCUACACCCUCGCUGACAUUGACGGAAGGGCCCGACGAGUCGACUACGUUGCUGACGGACACGGAUUCCGAGCCGUCGUCAAGACCAAUGAACCCGGAACCGCUGCCAGUGCUCCAGCAGCCGCCCUCGUCGCCAGUCCCUACGCCGGACCCGUCGCCCCAGUCGUCAACCACGUAGCCCCAGCCGCUACCGUUGUUGGACAUGCUGCUUCCUAUGCUGCUCCCUUGGCUGUUGCCGCCCCAGCUCUUGCAGGCACUGUUGCUUAUGGUGGUGUUCUCGGACAUGGAGCUGCCAUCGCCGCCCCUGUAGCUUAUGGUGGAGUGAUCGGACACGGUGCCUCCCUCGGUUUUGGAGCUCCUCUUGGACUAGGAUAUGGUCUUGGAUAUGGCAAAGCUCUGAUCCAUUAAAUUUUCUUCUUCAAUAAUGAAUAGGAUCAGCAAAACAAUGCCUAAGAAAGUGAAUCUACUGAAUUCUGCUUUUUUUUUUGUCAAAAGAAAUAACGAUUGUGACCUCCAUUUUGUAAUGGUAAUGAGAAUGCGUGUUGAUUUUACACUCUUACUGAUUAAUUUAUUUUGAAUUGUAAAUAAAUAUGCUCAACUGCA